GUCGAGAACAGUCGACAGAGAUCUAGAUCUGUUUUUUUUUUACCCGAGUCCCCGAACAUACGAGACCAACCAUGCUGAAGUGGACCGCCUCGGCCCAGCGACUGAACGAGCUGCUGCCCGCAGCGGAGGAGAUCCAGCAGCCCAGCCAGGCCAGGAGACUGCAGCGUCGGCAGCGGCGUGAACGGAGAGCCACGAUAGCCAACAAGGAGAACGUGCUGGGUGUGGGCUACACCUCCACCCCGGUGCCAGCGGUGGUGCGGCUGAGGAACAGUCCUUUGGUCCUGGCCCCGCUCAGCGAUAUCCGGAAUGUGACGCCAGAGCAGCGCUCCGCCUCGCCCCAUCUGCGUCAGCAGCAGCAGCCGCAGUACCAGCGGGUGCAGAGCGUCCACUAUGCCAGCACCCUGCCACGCUACGCCGAGGAGUACUCGCCCAAUGCGGCGGCCCCGCUGCUGCCCAGCGGCCAGCACCUGGCCAUGCGGGGACUGGCGCCCCUGGACCCGUUCCUGGAGCAGCCACGCUACAAGCAGCAGCAACAGCUGAAGAAGCGCAAGCUGGAGGCGGACUUUGUGGCCACCAUGGAGGUGCCACCGGCCACAGUGCAGGCCGCGCCACAGCGCCCCCUCACGCCGCAGCCGCCAUCCUCCGCCCAGAUGGGUGACCAGACCCUGGACAAGCUGAUCGACGCCAUCCUCGACUCCGCCUGCAAGGCCGAUGCCAGCGGCAAGAAGAAACCGCGCCGCUCCACCUUCAAUCUGCGCCGCCGCACCCUGGUCAAGCAGCAGCUGGAGUCGGACUGCGCCGUGACACUGUCGCCCUCCUACGCCCCUGGCGACGAUCCGGCCAGCGAUCUGAGCUUCAGCACCCUGCCGCUGGCACUCAGCCAGCCCCUGACACUAGUUCCCACUCCGGAGCCAGCCUCGCCAGUGUCCAAGCUGCCGCACCAUGUGCUCCUGCAGAUGCCCACGCCCACGCCCGCUCGUGUCCAGCCGCCCAAGCUGGGGGACAACACCUUCUGCCUGGAGACGCCCGUGAGGAGGCUGAAGCGCGGCAGGGAGGCACAGCCGGCGGCACUGGUGGCCAAGGAGUCGCCGCUCAAGCGCUACAAAGUCGACGAACGCAACUAUUUCGAGGUGGGCCUGGCCCUGCCCUCAUCCAUAUAUGUCUAAAGAGAGAGAGAGAGAGAGAGAGUAGAGGAGAAAGAGAAAACGAGAGAGAGAGAGAGAGAGAGAGAGAGCAAGCCGACGCUGACAAACGGGGGAAAAACGCUUAACCAUGACGCUUAACUAGUUCCUAAGCCUAAACUAAGUCUCAUCCCUGUACAUAUGCAAACAGUUCCCAAUUAUUUUAUUCUCAAUCCUAAGUAAUUUAUUCCCAGACAUCCUUUUUUUUUGCACGCUGCUGUUAUGUAGUUUUUGUA